AUGGUGAGGUCACCAUCCACCUUCCUUCUCCUGCUGCUUCUCUGGACUUUGGAUGUUGGAGCAUCGCGGCGUAAGAUUCUCCUUCCCAUCAAGCCGGAGCAGGACCUUGUGCCAUCCAAGUCGCAGAUAGGUUGUCACCUUGGUGGUAAAAUAUACUCGCUGGACGACACUUGGCAUCCAGAUCUGGGAAAACCCUUUGGGGUCGCUUACUGCGUGCUGUGCCGCUGUGAGGCGCAGCGGAGUCGUUGGGGAAAAGAAUCGGGGAAGAUCAGCUGUAGGAGCAUCAAAAGUCAUUGCGUGCCGCUGGCCUGCGCCAAUCCUGUGGAGGUCCCGGGGCAGUGCUGCCGGGUGUGCCCCAAGACUCCGACCCUUCCACCUCUUUCAAAAAAAUCUGAGUUUGCAUUCGAUGAGUUUGAGUAUUUCCAGGAAAAGGACGAUGAACUCUACAACGAUCGUUCGUACCUGAGCUCUGACGAUGUUGGCAUUGAGGACGGGCGCACAGAAUUUGUUUCCUUUUUGACCACGUCAAGCCAUGUGGGGCCUCCGGUGAAGAGCAGCCUCGCCAAAGCUAAAUUUAACCUCCAGCGCUCCAAUUUACUCUUCUCCAUCACCUAUAAGGGGACACACAGCUUUACCCGGGUUCGGUUCACAGACAUUGGCGGCUCGGUGCUGUUUGAGCACCCUGUGCACAGAGUGAGGCUCCGGCACAGUGACACGAUCUGCGGACUAUGGCGCUCCGUUCCUCGCUCCUCCCUCCACCUUCUUCGUCAGGGACACAUUCUUGUUUCUUUGGUAAUGGAGACACUUCUUGAACCUGAAAUCUCUGGCAAGAUUCUCCGUCACAAAGCUUUAUUCUCAGAAUCUUUUAGCGCUCUUCUAACGCCGGAUGAAGAAGGGAGCAGGGAACGUGGUCUAGCCAUGCUGACGCUCAGCACUGGGGAUGACGACCUUCAUUUUAUCCUCAUGCUCAGAGGCAUACAAGAGGAGGAGCAAGAACAGAUUCUGGUCACCGUGCAAAUCUUACAUCACCACCGCGUCAUCCGAGCACUCUGCGCCAACAUCACCGUCCAGGAGACGGACUUUGCCGAGGUUUUUCCCAAUCUCUCCAGCCGGGAGAUGCUGUGGCUCGCCCAGGGGCAGCUGGAGAUCGCAGUGCAAAUGGACGGCGACCGCACACCGCGCAUAUCUGGCUUAAUCGCAGUCAGGAAGUCAUGUGACACUCUCCAGAGUGUGCUCUCUGGCGGUGAUGCUCUGAACCCAACCAAGACCGGAGCGGUGGGCUCAGCAACCAUCACACUGCAUGAGAACGGGACGGUGGAGUACCAGCUCCAGGUCGCUGGUGUCAUGAGUGAGGUGACCGCUGUGACUCUGGAGACAAAACCUCGAAGACCGAAUCGGAGGAAUAUCCUACAUGACCUGACUGAAGACUACCACGGCGGGAAGGCGCACGGAUUGUGGACCGGCGCUGACGCCCGAGAUCUGCACAUGUUACUACACGGCGAGCUAUUCCUUAAUGUGGCCACAAAGGAUUUCCAGGACGGAGAAGUGAGGGGACGGAUCACACCAUUACCUUUCAGUGGGCUGUGGGCCAGGCACGAGGAGUUUCCGAUACCGCUGGCCGGCCGGUUUGUGUCGCCGUCUCUGAUGACGGGCUCGGCGGGUCAUGCCUGGGUGUCGCUGGACGAGCACUGCCAUCUGCAGUAUCAGAUUGUGGUGACGGGACUGGGACGUGCAGAGGACGCAGCGCUGAACGCUCAUCUGCACGGCUUUGCUGAGCUGGGGGAAGUCGGUGACGGCACACAUGAGCAGAAGAAGGUGCUGAAAGGCUUCUACGGGUCUGAGGCUCAGGGAAGUGUGAAGGACCUGGACACGGAACUCUUCCGUCACCUGAACCGCGGCGCGGCCUUCAUCCAAGUCAGCACCAAGCUGAACCCCCGUGGUGAGAUCCGGGGUCAGGUCCAUAUUCCGAACAGUUGUGAAUCGGGAGGAACUUCGCCGUCCCCUGGCAACUCGCGGGAAGCGGCCGACAAGAGCAGCCAGCGUCACCCAGACGAACUUCGUAGAGAUCCCAGAUCUUGUCAUUUUGAAGGAAAACUGAGGGCCCACGGCAGUCGCUGGGCCCCUGACUAUGACCGGAAGUGCUCCGUGUGCAGCUGUCAGAAGCGCACGGUGAUCUGUGACCCUAUCGUGUGCCAACCUCUGAACUGCAGCCGUCCCAUCCAGCCUGAGGAAAGCUGCUGCCCGGUGUGUGACGAGAAUAAAGAGAUCCUGGAAGGGAGGAGCCACCGAAGAUCUAACAGUGAUGGGUGUUACUUCAAUGGGGAAUGGAGGUCGGCUGGCACACGAUGGCAUCCGCGAAUCGAACCUUUUGGUCUAGUUUUAUGUGCAACUUGUUCCUGCAAAGCAUCCUCACAAGACCUGCACUGUGUGCGACAGUCCUGCCCACCUCUUUCCUGCGCCAAUCCGAUCCGCACCAACCCCAUGGACUGCUGCAAGAAAUGCCCAGAGGAGGAGCAGAAACCCGCCGAGGGGGCAGACGCAAUGCAGUCCGAUGAGCCGCGCCAGUGCAAAGUGAUGGGUCACCUGUAUUCAAACAACGAGCGCUGGCACCCGACGGUCCCCAGACAUGGCGCGGUGCCGUGCGUGACCUGCGUCUGUCAGGAUGGUGUCCCCCAGUGUAAGAAACAGAAAUGGAAAUGCAGCGACCCCGAAUGCGGUGCCAGCAGAAAGCCGGACAGAAUCUGCUGCAGUGAGUGCCACGGUGAGUGUCACGUGUGUGAUAUAUGA